AUGUCUAAGAUAUCGGCCAUGAAUUGGUUCCACACCAACAGUACCGCCAAUACUACGGUUGCCAUCGAUUAUCAUCACCACAACAGCCAUUACAGCCAUCAUCACCAGCCAUACCAUCGUCACCACAACGGGUCCACCGCUUGCGGUCUCGACUCGUGGCCGACUCAGCAACGCGUCCAACCAAUACAGCCGUCGGCGGCGCACGUGUUGUCCGCAGCGGUCAACCACUCACUGAAUCCAUGCCACGAAUGGUCGGUCUCUCACACGACUGGUGGCCACCACUCGUCGAUCGGCGGCGGGAGUCGACUGUCGUCGGGCCGCUCGACGCCCUCCACAGCCGGCGAGUCGUCGGUGUCGUCGGCGGCCACAGCGAUGACCACCACUUCGCACGUCGUGUACGAAGACUUUGAGAUCUCGAAGAAAGACAUUCAGGCGUUUCGACGCCUUCUGGAGGAACCGCUGGUGGAAGAGCUGCUACUGUGGGACAAGUGCUGCCUAUUGGCCGACAAAUACCUGUUGGCGAUGGCCUUAACGUACUUCAAACGGGCGGGUCUUCGGCACCAACAGUACACUCCGGUGUAUCUAAUGGUCGCCCUAUAUCUGGCGCACGACAUGGAAGAGGACGACCUCGACAUCAAACUGGAUUUGGUUCGGUUCGCGAUGAGUGGCUCCGUGUCGGCCAACAAACUGCGGCUCUUUCUCCGCAAACGUGACAAACUGUGGCACGCGAUGGGUCUGAGGGCUGCCGUCAAUCACGUCUGUUGCGAGGCUUUGAUGCGCUACUGUCUGCCCGACCACAAGAUCUGGCGCCGCGAGAGGGCGGCCACACACGGCGGCGUCUGUGUGCCCGCACACGUCAAGACUGUUGUCCACCGCGAGCUACGGCUCACCAACUCUUACAUCGAGUGCAACGUCCAGUGCAUUGUCUGUCUCUCGCAUAUAGUGAUGCGCCGCCGGAAGAUGUUUACCACCGGUAGUACUACCGGUGCUGUUGGCGUUGCCGGCUGUAGAGCUGGUCCGGCGGUGAUCGUGGAACCGGUGGCCAAUCAUUACGCCAAUGGGAAGCACUUCUUCAGCACACUGUCAGCCCAUUCGGCGCCUUUCAUUCCCCACAACUACUGUCCCAUUGGUCUCAACGGCAACGAAGAGUAG